AUGGAGGAUGCUCAUGCUCGACAUUUGCUUUUGCAUAGUCAGCAUUUGUCCUGGGGUGUGCAGGCUCUCGCUCAUCUAGCUGCUGCAUCAUUGAAGAGAGAUGUGUAUGGCGUAGUGCAGAAGGACCUUCCAGCAAUCAUUAAAACACUUGUGCAACUCAAGAGCGCCUUAGAACGAUUACCAUUGCAUUCUCACAAGCGUACCAUGCGCCCAGGGACAUUAGAAAUUCGAAUGAAAGCUGCUCUUACAUCUGCCGUCAAAAGAAGUUUGUAUAUUCUGUGUAAUGCAUUUGGCCCAUAUUUGUCUGACUUGCCCUUAUCAGAGGAUCUCAGACAAGUUUUAGGGAACUAUAUUUUGUACAAGGAAGGGUAG